CGCUCGUCCGCGCGUUAAUAAGAACCUCGUCCUCCCCAUGGCUCCCGCACGCAUCUUUCCCUCGCACCUCCCGUCCCCGUCGUUCGACGUCCAACCCGUUGAACCAGGUCGCGUUCGCCAUGUACAACAACGCAAACUUGGAGGGCGACCCCCGCUUGGAGAAGGAGGAAGCCGGCCGCGACUUCCUCGAGCCGCACCGCGAUGCCACCCAUGGCAUGAAACCUACCUUUGAGGAAUACCUCGUCGCGGCAGAGCGCCAACGUGCACACGAGGAGCUCCAGUACAAGGGCGAGUCCAGCCCCGACACCGCGUCCGCGGACAGUCAACAUACGGAAAAAUCAACGAAGGCGCCUGCUAUGGUGUCUGAGGCCGCACUGACAGCCGAGGAGAAGGAGCGGAUCAAUGCUCGCCGUGCUCUUCGCAGUGCCUCGUGGGCGGCUGUCUUCUACUUGAUCACAACCGAUAUCCUUGGUCCCUUUAACGCACCAUACGCUAUCAGUCAAGUUGGCUACGCGCCCGGCGUCAUCCUCUAUUUCGUCAUGGGCGCUACCGCGUGCUAUACCGGACUCCUGCUUUGGUGGCUGUUCAUGAAGCUUGAUUCGGACGUGUUCCCCGUCAAGACGUAUUCCGACCUCAUGGAGCGGGUGUUCGGCUCAGCAUCUCGCCAUAUGUCGAGCGUUCUCCAGAGCAUUCAGCUGAUCAUCAACGUCGGCACGAUUUGCUUGAGUAACGGCCAAUCGCUCAGCCAGAUCACGAAGGAGAAACUCUGCUUCGCUGUAUGCAUCGUCAUUUGGGCUUUCGUGGGUAUGUUCAUCGGCCAGAUCCGUACGCUCAAGAACUACGGAUGGCUCGCGAACAGCGCCGUAUGGAUUAACCUUUCCAUCAUCUUCAUUUCGAUGGGCUUCAUCGCGCACUCGCCACCAAACUACGCCGGCGCGGAGGCUGCAUACGGCGUCGUAGCUGGCCCAGUCCAGACGGCUGCGUUCGUUAGCCAGACGCUCCCCAACAAGGUGAACGGCAUCAUGAACAUGGUCUUCGCGUACGGUGGUGCCAUGAUCUUCCCCGAGAUGCUCGCUGAGAUGCGGCGCCCCUGGGACUUCUGGAAGGGCAUGUGCUGCGCGCAGGCGCUGAUCUUCGUUGCAUACCUGCUCUACGGCCUAUUCGUGUACAGCUACCAGGGCCAGUUCACGCUCUCGAUCGCGUACCAGGGUGUCAGCAAGUACGGCUGGCAGACGGUUGGCAACGUGAUGGGUCUCGUCACGGGUAUCAUCGCGGCGGGUUUGUAUGGCAAUAUCGGUAUCAAGGUUGCGUACUAUGCGAUCGUUGAGGACAUGUUCAACGGUCCCCCGCUCGUGAGCCGGAAGGGUCGCUUCAUCUGGACCGGCAUGGUUAUCCUCUACUGGGCGCUCGCCUUCAUCGUCGGCGCGGCCAUCCCGCAGGUGCAGACGAUCUCCGGCCUCGUCGCGGCCGUGUGCAUCAUGCAGUUCACGUACACCUUCCCGCCCGCGCUCAUCUUCGGCUUCUACUUCCUCAAGCACGGGCGCGACCCCGCGACGGGCCUCGUCGACUGGCGCGCGGGCUUCUUCGGCGGCGGCACACGCAUGGUGGCCUUCAAGAUCUUCAACUUCAUCCUUGCGCUCGCGGCGCUGUCGAUGGCGUGCCUCGGCAUGUAUGGCAGCGGCACAGCGAUCAAGCUGACGUUCCAGACGAGCCAGGCGACCAGCUUUGGGUGCUCGCCGCCGGUAUGAGCGUGGCCGGUGUUUCCGUUGGCGAGGCGCGGUCGCGCGUGGCUGAGCGAGCGCGUUCUUUUGGGCAUGUGUAGGGGUAUACUGGUGUUUCGACGACUUUUGACGUACGUGCUGUACUGACCUGUUCCGACUAUGUUGUUGUGCUUUGCAUGCUGCGAGGACGGCGCCGGUGUACUUAAUGUUUGACGUUGCUCUCUCUCCCCCCACCCCGAGUCGGUUUACUACAGCCGCGACUGAUGUGUCUCCGCCCUCUCUCCUGCCUCCUGUGCAUAGAUUGUCUUGAUUACUUGUAAUGAAUACGUAGCAAACUCCCACUCCUUGUGUUUGCGUUCUCGGACACUUCCCGACACUUCGACAGUGCAAUUUUUGGAAUAUACCUUCAACCCAGAGGUUUGGGCGUCUCGACUGAA